AUGUCGCGCCUGUCCGCGGCGCAGGGACCUUUUCAUAUUGUAUCUUUGGUAUCGUUUGGUCGAGUAUACCCCGUGGGCUAUUGGCAACCGCAUUACCACCUCGUCCAUAUCGAGAAUGUUAAUCUGCAGCACCUCGGGGUCGUAUUCGUCGGCGGGAACAAGCCUGCUGGUUCAACACCCGGCGCAACCCCGUCGUGGCGGGCGGUGGCAAGGAUAUACCUGAGCAGCGACGGCGAUGAGGACAAGGACGAGAAUAUUGCCUUGGAGAAGGAUGUUGUCAGCCUCAUCUGUCCGUUGAAGCAGCAGGUCAUGCCCGAGUCGUCCAGCAACCGCUGGUGCAAGCACACCUUCGAGAAGGAGUCGAUCCAGUGCCUGGAGAUUGAUGACGCUAAAAACGUCAUCUCGAACACGAGCGGUUCCUGA